AAAAAAUUUUAGAAAGUUAAGCUAACGACACCACAUCAUAAUGCCUCAGAACGAAUAUAUUGAACAACACAUAAAGAAGCAUGGGAGAAGAUUAGAUCACGAAGAGAGAAAGAGAAAAAGAGAAGCCAGAGAAGGCCACAGAAUUUCUAAAGAUGCUCAAACCUUAAAGGGAUGGAAGGGUAAGCAAUUUGCUAAGAAACGUUAUAGUGAAAAGGUAGCUAUGAAGAAGAAGAUCAAGGCCCACCAGGAAUCUAAGGUUAAAGGUCCAUCUACUCCAGCUGCAGAAUCUGGUGAGGCAUUGCCAACAUACUUAUUGGAUCGUCAAAAUGAUAAUACUGCUAAAGCCAUAUCUUCCUCGAUCAAACAAAAGAGAUUAGAAAAGGCUGAUAAGUUUAGUGUUCCAUUGCCUAAGGUCAGAGGUAUUUCUGAAGAAGAAACAUUCAAAGUCAUCAAAACAGGUCAAAAGAAUAGCAAAGCUUGGAAGAGAAUGAUAACAAAGCAUACGUUUGUAGGAGAAGGGUUUACUAGAAGACCAGUGAAAAUGGAAAGAAUCAUUAGACCUUCGGCUUUGAGACAAAAGAAAGCCAAUGUCACUCAUCCUGAGUUGGGUGUGACUGUAUUUUUGCCAAUCUUAGCAGUUAAGAAGAAUCCCCAAUCCCCCAUGUACACUCAAUUGGGAGUGUUAACCAAAGGUACUAUUAUCGAAGUCAAUGUAUCUGAGUUGGGAUUGGUAACAGCUGGGGGUAAAGUUGUUUGGGGUAAAUUUGCCCAAAUUACUAAUGAACCUGAUAGAGACGGUUGUGUUAAUGCUGUUCUCUUGGUUUAAUAUGGUUAAUGAGUUUUUCAAGUUUUUCACAGGAUAAUUUUUGGCAUUAUAAAUAUACAAGCACUACUUUAGUUUAGUAAUUCGUAAUUAAUCUAGUAACUCCACAUCAAACACAUCAGAACAGAAAACUUCUUUCUUUCCGAUAGAUCUCAUCCCACAGUUUAUGAUAAGCUUUCCAUUCUCUCUGACGAGCUCCCAUUGACUAUUAUAUAGUCUGGUUCCUAUGAGAAAACACAAUCCACUAAUAUUUUGCUUGUUGCUUAUAUUUGACAAGAUUUCACCAUACUUUGAGGUGAUCUCAUGAGGCAGGAUCUUACUAUCUGCUUUAUAGAGGUUCUCAAUGGCAUGAGAAUGAUGCAAAUUCUCUCGUCUUAAAUUCAUCAUAAACUCUUGUCUGACCCUCUGUAAAUA